AUGGCCAGCCUGCGGCGGUCCGGCCCGGCCCCGCUGCAGCUGCUCCUGCUGCUCCUGGUGGUGGCUGCGCGCGCUCUGCCCAGCGCCGACGGGACGUGCCCGGAACGCGCGCUGGAGCGGCGGGAGGAGGAGGCGAACGUGGUGCUCACCGGCACUGUGGAGGAGAUUCUCAACGUGGACCCGGUGCAGCACACGUACUCGUGCAAGGUUCGAGUCUGGCGGUACUUGAAGGGCAAAGACAUGGUGACCCAAGAGAGUCUGCUUGAUGGUGGCAACAAGGUGGUGAUUGGUGGCUUUGGAGAUCCCCUCAUCUGUGACAACCAGGUGUCCACUGGGGAUACCAGAAUUUUCUUUGUGAACCCUGCACCGCCAUACCUGUGGCCAGCCCAUAAGAAUGAGCUGAUGCUCAAUUCCAGCCUCAUGCGCAUCACCCUGCGGAAUCUGGAGGAAGUAGAGCACUGUGUAGAAGACAAACCUGGGACCCACUUCACACCAGCGCCCCCAACGCCUCCAGAUGCAUGCCGAGGAAUGCUGUGUGGCUUCGGUGCUGUGUGUGAGCCCAGUGCAGGGGGUUCAGGCCGAGCCUCCUGCGUGUGCAAGAAGAGUGCCUGUCCCGCCGUGGUGGCGCCCGUGUGUGGCUCUGACGCCUCCACCUACAGCAAUGAGUGUGAGCUGCAGCGGGCGCAGUGCAGCCAGCAGCGCCGCAUCCGCCUACUCAGUCGCGGACCCUGUGGUUCCCGGGACCCCUGCUCCAAUGUGACAUGCAGCUUCGGCAGCACCUGUGUGCGCUCAGCAGAUGGGCAGACAGCCACAUGCCUGUGCCCUGCCACCUGCCGGGGGCCCCCGGAGGGCCCCGUGUGUGGGAGCGACGGUGCUGACUACCCCAGUGAGUGCCAGCUCCUGCGCCUCGCGUGCACUCGCCAGGAGAACAUCGUCAAGAAGUUUGACGGCCCUUGUGACCCCUGCCAGGGCACCCACCAUGACCUGAGCCGUGUCUGCCGCGUUCACCCACGCACGCGGCAUCCUGAGAUGCUCCUCCGGCCAGAGAGUUGCCCUUCUCAGCCAGCACCUGUGUGCGGGGAUGAUGGAGUCACCUAUGACAACGACUGCAUAAUGGGCCGCACGGGAGCCACCCGUGGCCUUGUCCUCCAGAAAGUGCGCUCUGGCCAGUGCCAGCCUCAAGACCAGUGUCCAGAUGUGUGCAGGUUCAAUGCUGUGUGUCUGUCCCGCCGAGGCCGCCCCCGCUGCUCCUGUGACCGUGUCAUCUGUGAUGGGGCUUAUAGACCCGUGUGUGCUCACGACGGGCACACGUAUGAUAAUGACUGCUGGCGUCAGCAAGCUGAGUGUCGGCAGCAGCGCACCAUUCCCGCCAAGCACCAGGGCCCGUGUGACCAGCCCCUGUCCCCGUGCCUUGGGGUGCGGUGUCCUUUUGGGGCAACAUGUGCCGUGAAGAAUGGGGAGGCUGAGUGCGUGUGCCAGCAGGUGUGUUCGGGCAUCUAUGAUCCUGUGUGUGGCAGUGAUGGUGUCACAUAUGGCAGCACAUGUGAACUGGAAGCCACGGCCUGCGCCCUUGGACGGGAGAUCCGGGUGGCUCGCAGAGGACCCUGUGACCGCUGUGGGCAGUGCCGCUUUGGAGCUCUGUGUGAGGCUGAGACUGGGCGCUGUGUGUGCCCCUCCGAGUGCGUGGCCUCGGCUCAACCUGUGUGCGGUUCUGAUGGGCACACGUAUGCCAGCGAGUGUGAGCUGCACGUCCACGCCUGCACACACCAGAUCAGCCUGCAUGUGGUCUCAGCUGGACACUGCCAGACCUGCGGAGACACAGUGUGUGCUUUCGGGGCAGUGUGCUUGGCUGGGCAAUGUGUGUGUCCCCGAUGUGAGCGACCCCCACCCGGGCCCGUGUGUGGCAGCGAUGGUGUCACCUACGACAGUGCCUGUCAUCUCCGAGAAGCUGCCUGCCAGCAACAGACACAGAUUGAGGAGGCCCGGGCGGGGCCCUGUGAGCAGGCUGAGUGUGGCUCUGGAGGCUCUGGCUCCGGAGAGGAUGGCGAGUGUGAGCAGGAGCUGUGCCAGCAGCAUGGCGGUGUCUGGGAUGAGGACUCGGAAGAUGGGCCUUGCGUCUGUGACUUCAGCUGCCAUAGCGUCCUGAGGAGCCCGGUCUGUGGCUCAGAUGGGCUCACCUAUGGCACCGAGUGUGAGCUGAAGAAGGCCAGGUGUGAAUCGCGGCGAGAACUGUACGUCACAGCACAGGGAGCCUGCCGUGGCCCCACCUUGGCCCCAUUGCUACCUGCAGUUCCUCCGCACUGCACCCAGACCCCCUAUGGCUGCUGCCAGGACAACGUCACUGCUGCCAGGGGUGUGGGCCUGGCUGGCUGCCCCAGCUCCUGCCAAUGCAACCCACAUGGCUCCUACAGUGGCACCUGUGACCCAACUACGGGUCAGUGCUCUUGCCGCCCAGGCGUCGGGGGCCUCAAGUGUGACCGCUGUGAGCCUGGCUUCUGGAACUUCCGUGGCAUUGUCACUGAUGGCCGGAGCGGCUGCACCCCCUGCAGCUGUGACCCCCGGGGCGCUGUGCGGGAUGACUGCGAGCAGAUGACCGGGCUGUGUUCAUGUAAGCCUGGGGUGGCUGGACCUAAGUGCGGGCAGUGUCCAGAUGGCCACGCUCUGGGCCCUGGCGGCUGUGAAACAGACUCCUUGGCGCCUGAGACGUGUGCUGAGAUGCACUGUGAGUUUGGGGCGUCCUGCGUGGAGGAGGCUGGCUCUGCACGCUGUGUGUGCCCAACAUCUACCUGUCCAGGGGCCAGUGCUACCAAGGUCUGUGGGUCAGAUGGAGUCACCUACGGCAAUGAGUGCCAGCUGAGGACCAUCGCCUGCCGCCAGGGCUUGGACAUCUCCAUCCAGAGCCUUGGCCCGUGCCAGGAGACUGUUGCUCCUGGGGCCCGCCCAACAUCUGUACCCAGGGCCACCUCAGGGCUCAGCACGAGCAAGGCGCUGCCACCCGCCCCCAGCACCCUCCCCCUGGCUCCCAGCAGCACCCCUCAUAGCCGGCCCACGCCUCGACCCUCACCAGGAUCUCGGACCACUGCCAGCAUUCCCAGGACUGUCACGAGGCCUGUGCUGACCAUGCCCCCCACAGCCCCCGCCACGGCAGCCAACCUCGCCACAUCUGCUUUUGGCGAGUCUGGCAGUGCUGACGGGAGCGGCGAUGAGGGGCUGAGUGGUGACCUGGAGGCCAGUGGGACUGGCUCAGGGGGACUCGAGCCCCCUGAAGGUGGCAGUGCUGUGACCCCUGAGCCACCCAUGGAGAGGGCUUCUUGCUACAACUCGCCUUUGGGCUGCUGCUCGGAUGGCAAGACGCCCUCGCUGGACGCAGAGGGUUCCAACUGUCCUGCCACCAAGGCGUUCCAGGGUGUGUUGGAGCUUGAGGGCGUGGAGGGGCAAGAGCUGUUCUACACGCCGGAGAUGGCUGACCCCAAGUCAGAGCUUUUUGGGGAGACUGCUAGGAGCAUCGAGAGCACCCUGGAUGACCUCUUCCGGAACUCAGAGGUUAAGAAGGACUUCCGAAGCGUCCGGCUGAGGGACUUGGGGCCUGGCAGCUCAGUCCGAGCCAUUGUGGAUGUGCACUUUGACCCUGCCACAACCUUUAGGGCGCCUGAUGUGGGCCAAGCCCUGCUCCGGCAGAUACAGGCAUCCCGGCGCCGGUCCCUGGGCGUACGGCGGCCACUGCAGGAGCACGUGCGCUUUAUGGACUUUGACUGGUUUCCUGCGUUCUUCACGGGAGCCACCACAGGAGCAACACCAGCCGCAGCCACAGCCAGAGCCACCACGGUGGCCCACCUGCCACCUGCUGGGACCCAGUGGGCCCUCUACCCCAGUCACACAAGCCGGCCUGUGGGCAGGACCACAGCUCCACCCACCACACGCCAGCCUCCCACCACUGCUCCCCGUCGCGUGCCCGGACGCCGGCCCUUGCCCCCAGGCACCCAGCAGCCCCCGAAGCCCUGCGACUCCCAGCCCUGCCUCCAUGGGGGAACCUGCCAGGACCAGGACUCGGGUGGAGGCUUCACCUGCAGCUGCCCAGUGGGCAGGAGGGGUGCCGUCUGUGAGAAGGCCCUGUACCUCUCGGUGCCAGCUUUCAAUGGCCGCUCCUUCCUGGCCUUCCCCACCCUCCGUGCCUACCACACGCUGCGCCUAGCACUUGAGUUCCGGGCACUAGAGCCACAGGGCCUGCUGCUCUAUAAUGGCAAUGCCCAGGGCAAGGACUUCCUGGCAUUGACGCUGCUGGGGGGCCGUGUGCAGCUCAGGUUUGACACAGGUUCCGGGCCUGCAGUACUGACCAGCUCAGUGCCUAUAGAGCCUGGCCGCUGGCAUCGCUUGGAGCUGUCUCGGCACUGGCGCCGGGGAACACUUUCAGUGGAUGGUGAGCCCCUGGUGCUGGGCCACAGCCCCAGCGGUACAGAUGGUCUCAACCUGGACACAGACCUUUUUGUGGGCGGCAUCCCUGAGGAUCAGGCUUCUGUGGUACUCGAAAGGACGUCCAUCAGCGUUGGCCUCAAGGGCUGCAUCCGCCUGCUGGAUGUCAAUAAUCAGCGUUUAGAGCUCAGCAGCUGGCCAGGGGCUGCAGCCCGAAGCUCCGGGGUGGGCGAGUGUGGAGACCACCCCUGCCUGCCCAACCCCUGCCUCGACGGGGCUCCGUGUCAGGCCCUGGAGGCUGGCAUGUUCCACUGUCAGUGCCCACCUGGCCGCUUUGGUCCAACCUGUAGUGGUGACAAGAACCCCUGUGAGCCGAACCCCUGCCAUGGGGCAGCCCCCUGCCGUGUGCUGCCUGAUGGGGAGGCCAAGUGUGAAUGCCCCCGAGGACGAGGGGGUGCCAUCUGCCAGACAGUCUCGGAGCGGGAUUCUUCCCAGCCCUUCCUGGCUGACUUCCAUGGCUUCUCCUACCUGGAGCUGAAAGGGUUGCAUACCUUUGAGCGGGACCUGGGGGAGAAGCUGGCACUGGAGGUGGUGUUCCUGGCCCGUGGGCCCAGUGGUUUGCUCCUCUACAAUGGGCAGAAAACAGACGGCAAGGGGGACUUUGUGUCACUGGCGUUGCAUGACCGCUUCUUGGAAUUCCGCUAUGACCUGGGCAAGGGAGCAGCGGUCAUCAGGAGCAAGGAGCCGGUGGCCCUGGACACCUGGACCAGGGUCUCACUAGAGCGCAAUGGCCGCAAGGGUGCCAUGCGUGUCAGUGAUGGGCCUCGCGUGCUGGGAGAGUCCCCGGUGCCACACACUGUCCUCAACCUGAAGGAGCCACUCUAUGUUGGAGGGGCCCCUGACUUCAGCAAACUGGCCCGGGCAGCUGCGGUAUUCUCUGGCUUCGAUGGCGCCAUCCAACUGGUCUCCUUGAAAGGCCACCAGCUGCUGUCCCAGGAGCACGUGGUGCGGUCAGUGGAUGUCUCAUCUUUUGCCCACCACCCUUGUACUCAGGCCUCGGGCCACCCAUGCCUCAAUGGGGCCUCCUGCCUCCCUCGAGAGGCCUCCUAUGAGUGCCUGUGCCCCGGGGGCUUCUCAGGGCUUCACUGUGAGAAGGGGCUGAUUGAGAAGUCAGCAGGGGAUGUGGACGCCCUGGCCUUUGACGGACAGACCUACGUCGAGUACCUCAAUGCCGUGACUGAGAGUGAGAAGGCCCUGCAGAGCAACCACUUUGAGCUGAGCCUGCGCACGGAAGCCACUCAGGGGCUGGUGCUGUGGAGCGGCAAGGCCACGGAGCGGGCCGACUAUGUCGCACUGGCCAUCGUGGAUGGGCGCCUGCAGCUGACCUAUGACCUGGGCUCCCAGCCCGUCGUGCUGCGCUCCACCGUGCCGGUCAACACCAACCGCUGGCUACGAGUCAGGGCACAUAGGGAACAGAGGGAAGGUUCCCUUCAGGUGGGCAAUGAGGCUCCCGUGACUGGCUCUUCCCCGCUGGGUGCCACACAGCUAGACACAGACGGAACUCUAUGGCUGGGUGGCCUGGAGAAGCUGCCCAUAGGCCAGGCCCUGCCCAAGGCCUAUGGCACGGGCUUUGUGGGCUGCCUGCGGGAUGUGGUGGUGGGGCAGCGCCCACUGCACCUGCUGGAGGAUGCUGUCACCAAGCCAGAGCUCCGACCCUGUGCCGCCCCAUGACAUACAACACAGUCCACUACCUACCCCGUUGUCAUUAUUUUCUAUUUUUGUAAAUUCAUUGCUUUUUUGAUAUGGUUUUCUUGCCUAUGUGUUGGCCAGAGGGACUGCUGGACCAGCCUCCCUACCGUCCAAGCAGACAAGCUACAGAGAUAAACUCUGUCUCGGGACUUGCAGGGGAGUUGGCGCAGGCAGCUUGAAGGGCUUGACCAGCAGCAGCCUCAGGAUGUGCGCCUCCACCUUGGCCCACUGUCUCAGCCCCUUCUGCUGGGCCUCCCUGUGUGUCCACUGUGUCCCCAGAGCAGGGAGGUGCUGCUGGGGCUUGAGGGGGCCCUUCUUCCACACAAAUCCUAAGGGGUCUCUCCAGGUUCCCACUUGAGCUGCUCUUGCCCACUGCGUGUGCUGUAGGCCAGGGCUAGCCUCGAGCCCACACGGCCUCCUCCCAGGCCUCCUGUGCCAAUACUGUGACUUAGAAGCAAUGUUACUGUUGGGGCUGUGCUUCCCCUUCCUUCAACUAUGUCCACCAGUCCCUGAGUGCUGGAGAACAGAGGCCAGGCCCAGACCUGGUCAGGGCACCUUGGCCCUUAGCUGGCCUUGCCUGUCUACUCAGCCACCUUGGACAUAGCUGUGUCCUCUCCCUGAGACCCCAGGUCCCAGUAGGAGCCCUGAGAGGGAGCAGAGCUGCUAUGUGAUGUGGUUGACGACCAUGCCUCUUGGCUUGGCCAGCUGCCAUCCCCCUCUCAAGGAUGGAUGUCCAGGUCUGACCACCAACCUUUGUGCAUUGAUUUCAUUUGACACCUGCGAUGACAGGGCCAUCAUCCUUCCUGUCCUGCCCCAAGGUCUCCUGAGUCCACACACCACAGCAAGCACUGGUGUGAGGGGUGUCAUUGUCCAAUACCAAGGCCAAGGGGUGAGUGUAGAGGCAGCAGAGAAAACUGCAAUGUUACACCCCAUCUCACCUGUCCCCCACCCCCUGUCCUGUGGGGGUGGCAGCCCUAACCCUCCCACAGUGGUGAAUGGGCCAGUGAGCCCAAAGGCUGGAGGGACCCCCAUAUGUCAUGUUACUAACUACAGUCUGUGUCUGUGUCUGUGUCAAUCACCGUGAAAUAAAGUCUGAACACUUUAAAAGAGGUGCUGGCAUCUGUCCACACCCAACACCACCCCUGA